ACCAGCACCAUGUCCUCAAUUGCUGCUCUGGGCCUUCGCCGGGCCUUUGUCCGCCCCGCUGCUGUCCGCGUUCCUGCCAGACGCUUCGCGAGCACCAAGAUGGCCGAGGCGAGCCUCGACAAGGCUCCUAAGCGUGACCCUGAGCUCUAUGUCCUCCUCGGAGUUAUGUCCGGAGCUUUCCUCAUUGCUGGCUGGUAUUUUGGCAAGAAGCCCACCUCUGUGACCUCCGAGAGCAAUGUCCGCAUCGGCGAGAGCUCCAUGCCCUGGGAGCGUGAAGAUGAUGGCGGCAAGAUGUACAAGUACCAGUACCACCCCAACGGCGAUACUAGCCAGGGUCUCCGCGCUGCUCCUAGCGCCCUGAACACUGUUAUUGUUCCUAACGUCACCCUGCCUGCGGAUCUCCACGAACGAUUCAACAAGUACGGCAAGGAGGAAUGGGACUACUAAACUGUCACUAGGAAAUCCAAGAUGGGAGGUUCGAACCACUGCAGAUGGUGGUUGUACACUAGAGCUGCUGUGAGGAGUAGAAAGGUAGCUGUCGCAUGUGGAGAGAGAGAGAGAGAGAGAGAGUUUUGGUUGCAGAAGAUCUGUCUAUACUAC